AUGAGGCUGUGCAGCCUUCGCCUGAAGAAGCUGACUGUGCUGAGGGAACUGGACAAGGAGCUAAGCUCUGUGCUCAUUGCUGUGAAGAUUCAGGGUUCAAAGAGAGUCCUGAGAUCCAAUGAAUAUGUUCUCCCCCCUGGUGGCUUGAUGGAGACUGAUCUGGAAUUGACGUUUUCAUUGCAGUAUCCGCACUUCCUGAAGAGAGAUGGCAACAAACUCCAAAUUAUGCUCCAACGGAGAAAGAGGUACAAGAACCGAACUAUUCUGGGCUACAAGACACUGGCAGUGGGAAUCAUUAACAUGGCUGAGGUAAUGCAGCACCCGACAGAUGGAGGCCAGCUCCUGGGACUGCACAGCAACAUCAAGGAUGUGAACAUCCGGGUAGCUGAGAUCAGCAUUUACUCCCUCUCCAGCCAACCCAUUGACCAUGAAGAUGGAAGUGUCCCCUCUGGUCCCAAAAUCAAAGCCUCUGAUCGCUCUCCGGAUAUUGAUAACUACUCUGAAGAAGAAGAUGACAGCUUUUCCUCUGAGCAGGAAGCUAGUGAUGAUGCAGUGCAAGGCCAGGAUUUAUAUGAUGAAGAGGACGAAGUAAGGAAGCCAAAGAAAGCCCGGCGGAAAAUGAUCAGGACCACAUCUAUGACCAGACAACCAAACUUCAAGCAGAAAUUUGUUGCCCUGCUGAAGAGAUUUAAAGUGACUGAUGAGGUUUUGGAUUCUGAUCCAGUGGAUCAGACUCAAGAAGUGGAGGAAGACUUGGGUCUCCUUUACGAUAGCCUAGAGGAAUGCAACAACAGUGACAGUGGUCCUGAGAUAGAAGAUAACGAAAGCGUCCACAGCACUCCAAAGCCCACCCUAAGGCGCUUCUUUGAGGGCGUCUCACACUCUGGUUCCCAGACUGAGAUCAGCAGUCUGCACGGCCAGAAAGGGCAGGAGCGAGAGUCGGGCAGCCCUGGAGAAGCAGAGAAACGGAAGAUGGGUGCUCCCCGCGCCCAGGAUGAAGCUGCUAUGGAAACAGCGGCGAUGGAAUUGGAAGUGGACGAAUCCUGCCCAGGAACAACUGAGACAUCCCUGAAGGACAGCAGUGUGGACAGACUAGCCCAGCUGAGCAGCACCAGUAAGCCUGAGUUCCCAGCCACUGUCUCCCCCAGCAAAGUUGAGAACAAGCCGCUGUGGCGACCCCGCAGCAUGUCCGUCAAGGACAGGCAGAACUCCAAGGGCCAGGCGGACCGGACCAGCAGCCUGGACAGCGAGAGCUCCCCAGACUCACGGCAGAGCACUCAGGUGCCCCGCAAGUCUGUAUAUGAUCAACUGAACCAGAUCCUGGUCUCGGAUGAGCAGCUGCCAGAGAGCAUCAUCCUGGUGAACAUCACUGAGUGGCAAGGCCAGUAUCUCUGUGAUCAGCUCCAGGAACACAAGCAGCCCAUCGUCUCCACCUGCUCCAUGGCGGAUGUCCAGGCUGCCUUCAACACUAUUGUUGCUCGCAUCCAGAGAUACUGCAACUGUAAUUCCCACAUGCCUCCUCCUGUGAAAGUGGCUGUGGCGGGGGACCAGAGUUACCUGAGCAUCAUCCUGCGCUUCUUUGUGGAGCAGCUGGCGAGCAAGACCCCCGACUGGCUCAACUACCUCCGUUUCCUGGUGGUGCCCUUGGGCUCUCACCCUUUGGCCAAGUACCUUGGUUCUGUGGACAACAGGUACGGCACUUUGUUCCUGGACACAGCGUGGAGGGAGCUCUUCAGCAGAGCGGAGCCCCCUAGCUCAGACACCGUGGAUGUCCCUGGCCGGCUUGCCCAGUUCAUUGCGGGUGCCAGCCUGUCCCACCAGCUGCCCAUUUCUGAAGCCAUGUUAACCUACAAGCAGAAGAGUUCAGGUGUGCGGGGUACUUCACUCCCUGCUGUUCUCUGCUUGCCCCUACAGCCAACAGGGAUCGGCACGCACCCAGACGAGGAUUCCUGCCAGAAAUUUGUGCCAUUUGUUGGGGUGGUGAAGGUGGGGCUGGUGGAGCAGUCCUUCAGCACUUCAGUUGAUUCUGAUGAUGCCACCAUCUGCACCCCCUCGCUACUUAGCUCAUCCUCUCCAUCCGGCGGAGGGGUCCCCUAUACCAAGGAGGUCGUGGGCACCCCGCCGCCCUCCCCAUCAGUGAGCAGUGGGCUCUCGGGAGCAGGCUCUCUGAGUCCUGGUGUGGAGGUGAUGGGUCUACAGGUCGACUACUGGACAGCUCAGGGGCCAGAAAAAAGAAAAGAGGCUGACAAGCGGGAAACGGGCAUCAAGAACACCCUGAAAAGUAAUUUCCGCUCCCUCCAGGUCAGCCGCAUCCCCAGCCCCGGUGAGCUGGCCCCGCCCAACACAAUGGCUAUGACUGUGGUCACCAAGGAGAAGAACAAGAAAGUGAUGUUUCUGAGCAAGAAACCGAAAGAGAAGGACUUGGAACCCAAGAGCCAAGUGAUAGAGGGGAUCACUCGUCUGAUCUGCACGGCCAAGCACCAAAACACCAUGCUGCGUGUUUGUAUUGAUGGUGUGGAGUGGAAUGAUGUGAAGUUUUUCCAGCUGGCUGCACAGUGGCCAACACAUGUCAAGUAUUUCCCGGUUGGCAUCUUUGGCUACACAAAGAACGUGUGAUCGAACGAAGCAGAAUGGGCAGCUUGGAAGGGCCGGAGCUCAGCCGCGCCGAACGGAGAGAACACGUUCCCAGCUCUGUCGCUUCUGCUGAAGACUGACUUGCCCCGUGCUGGAUCCCCGAUCUGGCUGGGGCCCUGCUCGAUCCCUUCGCCCCAGGCACGGAGCAUCCUGAUUUGCUUUACGUCUCACCCAUGAAUUUUAGUUUAACAUGAACUUGGGUCCUAGGGAAAUGGAAGAAAAGACACAGCAGGCUUCUCAGCCUGAACGGGAGACUAGAGUGCCAGGCCAGCCUUCUCCAGUAGAGGGGGUCAGGUGGGGCGGAGGCCGAGGGGAUUCCUACCGCUCCCUGUGGGGCUUUGUGCCAGUGGCGGCUGGGAACCCCGUCCCCUUCCUGUCACAGGCAAGAAAGGGGAAGCUGGUUUCUUGACAUGCUGCUAUUUUGUAACUGCUCUAGUAGGGAAUAUUGUAUUAGUGCCCUCCUGUAGGGUUACCCAGCCAAACUCUCCCAGUUGCAUUCUGGGCAAGCUGGACCUCUGCCCACAAGUGCUGCUCUGCAGUCACACCUAACAGAGUUCACAGAGGGCUGCUGGGACCUCAGCAUCCCGUCUCCUUUGAACACGAAGCAGCUCGCUCUGUCCCUGCUGCGAGAGGACUGGGGGUGUUCAGCUUCAUGCUCUCUUGGGAUGUGUGCCCGAGCCAGCGCAAGAGGCACUGAGAUGGCAGGGGGGAAAGGCACGCGGGUAGGGGCUUCUGUUCCAGCAGCAGGCUCUGAGCUGCUGCAUACGGUUCCUACUACUGUGGUUCAAGCAGUGUGUGUGAGUGAGGGGGGGAGGGGGGACAACGGCAGAAGCGUCUCCUGUUCAUCGGCUCUGGCCGCACAAGGAGGUGAUGGCACAUAACUGGCAGGGUUCAAAGCAGCCUUUGGGCCAGGACCUGCUAGAAUUCAGCAGGCAGGAGGGGACCCGCUGUUGCAGCUGCAGAAGGGCAAGAGGAUGAGUUCUUUGCUAUUUUAAAGCACAGUAAGCUGCCUUUUGAGGGAACAGCAGAGAAGUUUAGAUGAGUGCUCUUCAGCGAGAAAAAGACGGAAAUACCUUAUGGGGAGAGGCAUACUCCUCCUCAGACUCUUUUGUUCCACCUUUACAGAGGGUCCGGGAGGGGGGCGGGGAAUGAGGCUGGGCCAUGACAGCCCUGCCCCUCGCCCCCCCCCCCCCGGCUGUACCCCCCCCCGGCUGUACUUCCACUACGUGUCACCACUGCAUGUUUGCUUGUGUGCAACAGCACCGCUGUGUCCUCCAGCCUGGUGCCAGGGAGUCCUGCUGCUCAUGCCGGUGAGGGGCAGGCCAGGUCCCAGCCCCUCUCCACCACGCCUCAGGCUCCAGCACGGAAGGUGGCCGUCUCCUGUAACGGAAGGAGCUGGAGUCGUACACUCCGUUUGUAACCAGCACCAGCCCCCUAGACCAGCCCUUCUCUCAAACGGCCCCAAGGCCAGUCUCGGGAGCCGUAAGCUGAGCCAAGCCCCACUCCUUGUUGGGCUACCAUCGUGGGUCACUUCACCCUGUCAGGAGGGACCAGAGGCAGGCAAGCGGGCAGCGCAGUGGCAGCAUCAGCUGUCACAAACCGUAGGAUGGGACGGCUGUCGAAACAGGAAGGCGGGCCUCUUCUUCGUCCUUUUCAGAAAGUACGCGCGUGGCUUCAACAAGACAGCCAGAAAUCACAGCAAGGCGUCAUGAGGGUAGCCUUCUUGUGGCAGCUGCUGGUGCCUCCUUGCCCUCCCUGACCGGAUUACACACCCCUUCUUCCUUUCUCUUACACCCCUCCCCCCCCCACAACAAGGCAGGCUCCAAGGCGAGAGCUUUGGCUUUCCUGGAGCUUGUGCCACCAGAACUGCCAAACCGGACCCCCCCCCCCCUUGAAAGUGUAUCCUACCGAACUCAAGAGACCUAAACUGUGGUAUUGCGCCUGCCUGGCGGACGCAGCUGCUCAUGGUUAGGAGAGCAGGGAUGGUGGGUUA